AUGUGCGUCGAGAAAAUUCGCUACUUUUCUUGCGGAUGCAAGAAAUCCCAAGGUUUCAAUCAAUGCAUUGCUCGUCAAGGAACCACCUUCAAAUGUGCUCCGAUGGUCAAAGAACGCCUUCCAGAUUCGUCUCACAUGUGCAUCGCACACAUGGUCAAGCCAGGAAAAGAUGAGAUGCGCCGCCCUUGA